GCGCCUGCGCCGAAGUACCGGCUUGCCUCCUCCUUGGGUAGGACUUUUUCCCCGCCUGCCCCCCUCGCCGCCAGCCCCAUCGCGCCGAGGGGUGAGAGCAGCAGCUGGGCAGGAGGAGGCUCCGCGGUGACACCUGCAGGGAGCUCUCGGCUGCGCUCCUCUCCGGGUGCCAGGUUUUGCAAGAGAGAGAAGAGAGGCAGGGCGGGGAGGACAUCUAUCUGCAAACCCCGUUUUGUGUGAGGAAGGGGUUGCAUCGAUUUGGGGGAGAAGGAAGGCAACGUCCGAGCUAGCAGGGAAGAAGUCUUCCUCCCCUGCGGCGCCGUGAACCUGGGAGUGAUGGGACUUCAGUCUUCAUCUGUCUGAGUUGUGUCUUUAAAAAAACUUUGCUCCCAGGACCCCUGAGAACUCUUAAAUCAGCGUCCUGGUACAGCCAUGAAGAGUUCUGGGUUCACCAUGACCAGCCUACCAUGCCUUCUCUUACUCCUGUGGACAUCAACGGUGUUCUACCUUCCAGUUCCCAUUGGAGGCCCACCUGGCCAUCCUACAGAGUCCCCGUCGUUCUGCCACAAUCAACCACUUAUUUGGACAAACCACAGUUUGAUGCCGAAGCGAAGCUGGAAGUGGUCUCGCCUUGCAGCCCGUCUUGCCACAAGAGUUCCCCGCUACCUACUUACGAGGAGGUGAAGGAUUACUUGUCCUACGAAACUUUGUACUCCAACGGCUCCCGAACCGAGACGGAAGUCGGCAUCUACGUUCUGACCGGAGGGAGCGCCGGGACGCAGAGCAGAUCUCGGGCCAAGAGGCAGAUCUACGGAUACGACACGAGGUUCAGCAUUUUCGGCAAGGACUUCUUGCUCAACUACCCCUUUUCCACUUCUGUGAAGUUGUCCACGGGCUGCACCGGGACUUUGGUGGCCGAGAAGCAUGUCCUCACGGCCGCCCACUGCAUCCACGAUGGCAAAAGCUACGUCAAAGGGGCCAGGAAACUGCGUGUGGGGUUCCUGCGGCCGAAGCUGAAAGAUGGCAGCAAGGGGGCAAACAUCAGCAGCUCCCCGGAGCCGGAAAGGAUGAAAUUCCAGUGGAUCCGGGUGAAACGGACUCACGUCCCCAAAGGCUGGAUCAAAGGGAAUGCCAACGACAUUGGCAUGGAUUACGACUAUGCCCUCUUGGAGCUCAAGAAACCCCACAAACGGAAGUUCAUGAAGAUUGGCGUGAGCCCGGCCGCAAAGCAACUGCCUGGCGGGAGAAUCCACUUCUCGGGCUACGACAACGACCGGCCAGGGAACCUGGUCUACCGCUUCUGCGACGUCAAAGACGAAACGUACGACCUCUUGUACCAGCAGUGUGACGCCCAGCCGGGCGCCAGCGGCUCGGGAGUUUACGUACGGAUGUGGAAGAGGCAGAGCCGCAAGUGGGAGCGCAAGAUCAUUGGGAUAUUUUCCGGGCACCAGUGGGUGGACACAAACGGCUCCCCGCAGGAUUUCAAUGUGGCCGUUCGCAUCACUCCCCUCAAAUACGCGCAGAUUUGCUACUGGAUUACAGGCAACUAUCAGCACUGCAGGGACGGCUAAAGACAAUGGGCAUCUUUUUUUAAAAAAAGAAAGAAAAGAAAUGGCCUUGGUUGCUGAAUCGGGGGCAGGGUGGGGUGGGGGGAAAGGGGGAAACGAAACUCUUCUAUAUUGCCGGUGCUAUGGGGCGCAGUUCUGUUUUUCUUUUUUAUAAAUACCUGGAUGCAGGAAUCAAUAGGGAAGUCUGUCUUGUUUGUAAAGGUGCUUUGGGUUACAUACUAUGCGCAGCCAGGCUGGCCUUAGAUACUAGGGCAUCCUGGGGUGCACACCUGGCCCUGCCCUUCUCCCACAACUCCCCUUCCUGGUGCCCAUGUCAUGGCAAAACACCCUCCCCUUUUGCCUGUCUUCUAACUUAGGGCAUCUCAGCACUGGGAGGCUCUGGAUCUUGUGCGCUUUGCAAACUCUUCCUCCUGGGGCUCCUGGCUCUCAAGUCAAGUCAGAGAACACAGCGUUGAUAGGGGCUGAACCAGAGAUGGUGGCCAAUUUAAAGUUGAAGUGAGACAGGGGUAGGUGUGAGUGUGGCUGUGGGCUUUGUUUUUUGUUGCACUGCCGUGGCUGCUUUCUGCAGGCAAGCAA